AUGAAGCUGGAAAUGGACCCAGUGGACUUCCAGCAGAUUUACAACUUCACCAGAGAGCUCUUCCCCUUCUUUCAGACGGCGCCAGACGGCUGGAAGAACACCAUCCGCCACAACCUGUGCUUCAACAACAGCUUCCGCAAAACCUGCCACCAGGUGUUCAGAGAUGGCAAGAGGAAGUCGUGCUUCUGGCACCUAACUCUGGAUGGCCACCGCCGGCUAAAGGACGAGAUCCGCACAUUGACGGGAGAAUCCCUCAAGCAGCUGGAGAGGAGCAUGUCGCGCCCAGAUGUAAUUCAGAGUUUGUUUGCACUGACUGCAGGUGUAGAAGCUUCUGGAUUCCUCUCCGUGGGAGUCGGCAGAACUUCCUACUCUGAGCAGGAAGGAUGCCAGUGA